AACUCCAACAAGGGGGCUGGAGAUGACUAUCUCAUUACCUCGGGAAAUUGGGAGUUUGCUCUAGACAAGAACAUCCAUCUCUACCCUCUUCCCCGAUCAGUUUUAGAGGGCAAAGGUAAGAGCCUAGUAUUCAGCUUUGCCUGUUUUUUUUCAAAGUCUUAAAUACUGUGUCUGUUUCUGACGUCUGUUCUUCUUGCAGCUGUUCGUCAGCUAUCGAAAAAUUUUCGCCAAUCCUUUGUCCCUAGCAAGGACUUGAAGAAACUUCUGGACUUGCCAGUUCAUAAAAGGAAAGCGCUUGUGCUUCUCAAUUUCAUUCCAUCAUACAAGUCAACUUUGCCCGACGUUCUCAAAAGGAAGAAGAAAAGCCUUUCUCCACCCUCUGCUACAACUCCGUUGACUGCAUCUACAUCACGAACAGAUCAAGGAUCAACAUCUGAUCCAGCUGAUCAACCAUCAACUUCGGCUCCAUACCUGGUCCCAAUAUCAGAACGAAAACGUUGACGACAACUUGUCCUUACUACCGAGAUGGGUCGCCCUAAGUCUGUUGCAAAAGAUCUUUUGGCCAGUAUUCCAUCAUCUGUUGAUGAGCAGCCAAUACAAACCCAACCUCCAUCGAAGCCGAAAAGAAUAAAGAAGGCUCAACCAAAGGCUAAGAUAGCUCAGGUUGAAUCUGAAGAUACCUUGCCGAUCUCAAAGUUGGCUGAGAGUGAUAAAUCUCAGCCUUCUGCUGGGAAGCGGCGCUCUGAGUCUCAACCACCAGAAUCCCAAAAACCAAAAAAGCCGAGGUCUUCUUCUGCAACAACUUCGGGAUCAAAAAAACCCGAUGCCCCAUGGGCCCCCACAAUUACUCUGGAAGACAAGCCUGUCAUGGCAAGUGAUAGCGCCGAUGAUAUAAACGUCGGCGUCGCACUCAGUACCACUCUGCUUCUUCCAGGCGAUCUGGAGCGAAACGCCCAGUACAGUGAGUAUGAGAACUACGCUUUAAUGCUUCAGUACUUCGUUCAGGCCAUCCAGCAUGCCCACUCUUUCUCAAUGCAGUCUUUUGAGAAUCGGGAGAGGCUUGUCGAGAUGAAGAGGGAGUUCCCUUCCCUCCAAAAGACUAACAAAGGCUUACAAGCAAAGAUGAAAAAAAUGGAAGACCAAGCCGAGGCUGUGAUCAAAGCUCAGAACAAUGCCGAAGAGAAGGCUGAGGCUGCUGAGGCUAUCAGAAAAGUGGAUGAAUCUCAAAAGAGAGAAGCUGAGGAAAGAAUGGUCCAAGCCGAAAAGGAGCUUCAGGAAGCCCUGGCCACCAAGGACGCCGAAAUAAAAGAAGCUGAUGAAAAGGCGUAUACUCCAGGCAUGGCCGACGUUACUGAGGCCUAUGAACUUCAAGUGAAGUAGGCAUGCAAGAAGGGUUUCACCCUUGGUUGGAUGUCUUUUCUGAAAAAACUCAAUGUCCUAGAGGACUCACCGUUGAGGAAAGCCGAUGCCAUCCCUCUUUCAUGCCCUCCAGCUCAACCUUCAAAUCAAGACGUCGGUGAAUCUGAGUCUGAGGAUGGUGACGAGGAAGCCCAAAGAUGUCGAUGGGGCCAAGUCCCCUCUUCAAAAUGAGCAAGUCCUAGACUUGACUCAAGCUGAAGAUGGCGAUGGAGUUGUCAAGGAAACUACCCCAGAGCAGGCAUCCUCCGAAGUUCCUAUAGCCGACAAAAGCAUUGACGAAACCCUUGCCCAGAUUGAUGCUGAGAUCACAGAGGAGAAGGCGGCCGAUGUAGCUCUUUCAGAACCUUUCGAGGUCCAAACACAAGUUGCUGUUGAUGCUGAUGAAGCUUAAUUUUCAUAUUUUUCAUGUUUUGUCUUUUGUACUAUUUUGUUUCCUUAGAUAAUGUAAGCUUUUUCAUAUGGCCGAUGCUCUCCUGUUUCAACUGAAUGCUUAACACAACUUUCCUUCAGUGAAUGCUUAUGUCUUUGUCUUCUUCUAACUGCUCUUGCAUGAUUAUAUACUUAGAAUAUUUUGCAUGUCUG